AUGUGCGGGACGCUCUUUGGAACACUACCUCAAGCACAGCAACAAAAUAUAUUCCUUGGCUUACCACUAGAGCUCAUGCGAGAAGAAGCAAGGCUCCUGGUUGACCAACGUGAGUUACAGUGGGGAAAAAAAAACAUCAUCUUGGAUUGGAUUGCCGGCUCUAAUAGGUCUCUCAAAGGGGUCGCAACCAUCGUCGAGGACUCGCUCGCCCAUCGCGAUGCUGUCAAAGCACUUAGCGAAACCGACAAAGCUGAUAUUCUCUCUCUAAAAAUACAAGAGCAAGAUAAGUUGAUGCUGGCAAAUCGAGAGGAGUCGAUAAAACGAAAGGAGGCCGCUAUCGAGAAUGCGAAGGCGUCCGGGAAAUGGAAAACAAAACCCGCAAGAGCUUCUGAGUCUUCCAUUGACAAGUCAAAAGAAACACCACUUUUUGAAAGCACGUUAGACGCGAUUGUCGACGGUGUUGGAGGCGAGGGUGGUCGCGAGGAGUUGGCUUCAACAGCCCAGCGAACCUCUGCAGACGACGGCAGUCAGCGUCAAUACGUAAUCCCCAUGGCAUCUUCGGCCAUAGGCCUGCAUUCUCUUAGACUCCCCAGGGAAGCCGAGAAUAUCCCUAGCCCGCCAGAUGCCCGCUACCAGGUGUAUAAGUAUCUGCAAAGCCUCGGGUAUUUUAUGUCCCCUGGGCUGCGAUUUGGCUGUCAGUUCGUCGCAUACCCCGGAGACCCAUUGAGAUUCCACUCCCAUUUUCUCGUGAAAUCUUUGCAAUGGGACGAGGAACUCUCGAUGUUGGACCUUGUCGGCGGAGGUCGGUUGGGCACUGGCGUCAAGAAAGCCUGGAUGAUGGCAGGUCUUGAACAAAGAGACAUAGAGGCUGACAGACCAGAGAGCCACGGUGUAAGGACGUUUUGCGUCGAAUGGGCAGGCUUUGGAUAA